GCUUUAAAAAGGCACAAUCCUAUAUUUUCUCCUUACCAUCACUCUUUACAACACAAACCUCAAAUCUCUCUCUCUUUCUCUCUCUAAGUUUCAUUUGCAUAUAUCAUUGCAGUCUCCUCAAAUGGUAAAAGAGGAGAGUUUGGAAAGAAGGGAUGGAGUAGUGCUAACGGCGCCGUUAUCUCUUGACGGCAACGACUCCGAUUCCGACUACAAAACGCCUAACAUCAUCAGACGGAUCCUCAGCCUUCUUUCCGCCGUUAGGCCCGGCUCUGACCUCACACGUCUCCAGCUGCCGCCGCAGUUCAACAUUCCAAAGUCGCAGCUGCAGUUGUACGGGGAGUCGGUGUACUGCGUGAGAUCCGACAUGUUGAGCAAGUGUGCCGAGGAGGAGACGCCCCUCGGCAGACUUGUGGCGGUCGCGGCAUGGAGCAUCUCCACGCUGCGGCCGCUGCCCUUUGGCGUCGCGCCUUAUAACCCGCUGCUUGGAGAGACGCACCACGUCUCGGUAGGAUCGCUCAACGUGCUCAUAGAGCAGGUGUCACAUCAUCCACCGGUAACUGCGCUGCACGCUAUGGAUGCGAAGCACAACAUUGAAAUCGUAUGGUGUCAAUCUCCUAUACCGAAAUUUUGUGGCAGUUACAUUGAGACAGAAGUGGUCGGGAAACGGCAGAUAAAGCUGGUCGACAAAAACGAAACAUACGUAGCCAACUCUCCAAAACUCAUCAUAAGAUUCUUGCCCUUUUCGAGCGUAGAAUGGAUAGGAAAUGUGACAAUCCGAUGCCAAGAAACUGACCUUGAAGCGCAACUUAGUUACAAAGGCAACUCAUUUUGGCCACGACCCUCGGUGCAUAGGUCGAUUAAGGGGAAGAUCGUUAGAUCAUCGACUUCAGAGACCAUUUAUGACAUCGAUGGCCAUUGGGAUAGAAGCGUAAUGGUGAAAGAUGUUGCAAAUGGGAAGCAAACAACUAUCUACAAUGCGAAAGAAACAAUUUCAGGAUUAAAAACUCCUAUUGUCAAGGAUCCAAAGGCAGUUUCGACUAGUGAGUCGAGCUUAGUAUGGAGUGAAGUGAGCCGAGCCAUACUCGAGAAGAGAUGGGACAAAGCAAGGGAAUGCAAGAGUGAGAUUGAGGAGAGACAAAGAGAGAUUGCAAAGGAGAGAAAGUUGAAAGAAGAAAAAUGGAUACCAAAGCAUUUUAGAGUGUUCCAAAGCAAGGAAAGUGGAUGGGAUUGUGUACCAAACAACAAUGUUGUUGCCCCUGCUCCAAUUGUUGUUAAUGACUGAUCACACUUUGUAAAUGAAAAAUAUAUGAUUAGUUAAGCAAUAUUUAUGUAGUGGACUUUUUGUCAUUGAAUAUUAAUGAGUAUUCAAUGACAUUGUUUUAGGUAAUAAAUUUGGUUGGAGAUGAAA